UUGAUGUAUAUCCUAAUAUUGGCUUUUCACUUUGACUAUGUCAUAGACUGGUAAAUUACAGUGGCAUCGACGGGAAUAUUAACAUGCUUCCGAUUCUUAAGAGAAUUAUACAGAACAAAACUUCUGUUUGGAUCUUCAGUGGAGAUCAAGAUUCUGUAGUUCCACUUCUUGGUUCUAGAACUCUCGUACGAGAACUUGCUCAUGAUCUCAACUUCAGUACCACACUUCCCUAUGGACCUUGGUUCCACAAAGACCAGGUUGGUGGCUGGGUCACCGAGUAUGGAGAGCUAUUGACGUUUGCAACGGUGAGGGGAGCGGCUCAUAUGGUGCCCUAUGCGCAGCCCUCACGAGCUCUGCAUUUAUUCAGUGGCUUUGUGCGUGGCCGGAGAUUGCCCAAUAACACACAUGAAAGAGGAGAGAUCUCUUUAUUAGAUAUAUUCAGUUAGGAUUGGUAUUAUCUAUUAAAUGGUGAGCUUGUUAACCACCUAUAUAAUUACACUUAUUGUAAUGAAAGCUUAUAUUCAUCGGCAGAACCUUGCCUAAAGAUUUGAUAUGAUGUUGUCAUCUUGGAUUGUAACCGCAAAUUGAUA